GGGAAGCACACUCUGGCCGUGUCUCGAGCGAUGAGCUGAGCACAGUUGUUGGGAAAACAGCCGAGUGGAACUGCGCCACAGUCAAAACAUCUCGCGCCAUUAGCCUGGCCAUCUCGCACUUGUUUGUCUCAGUGUUUCUCAUUUUCCAACUGACGAGGAUUGCCUGCCCGCGAAAAAGACCAAAAGGAGCCCACAGACGGCAUUCCUUGCGAAAAUUGUGCGAUUUUCCUCAUUGCAUCUCGCUCUCACACCCAAAGUGUCUCUGCGUGUCUGGAUGAAUUUUCAUCCGGGAAAAGUGUUUGGGGGAAGAGUUUAGUGUGUGAUUGCCGGUUAUUCUCUCCAUCUGAGAGAGAUUUCUGUGCAGACGGAAAACUUUGUUAGAAGAGACAGAGCAAAAAAAAAGGAAGAACCGAAAUAAAAGGACAAAGAGCAAGAUGGUGGUGCAUCCUGAAAAUCAUCAAAAUCAUCUCCAAUUUUCCACUCAAAAAAUUACUUUGAGCACUUGGGUGAGCAUCUCGCCAAUUGCUUCACCAAUUGGUCGUUUAGUUGUGUGAAAAAUCCUUAAAAUGCUUAAAAAUUUUCCUGUGAAAAAAGUCCAAUCAAGUGAAAAUUGAUAGUGGAAAGAUUUUUAUUGCGAAAAAUUAAUCACAGAAAUUUUCUCUGGAUGUUUUUCUGAGAGAAAAGCAUUGAGACAGUAGAAAAGAAUAAAAUUAAAGAGACGACAAGAAUUUUUCCAACCCAUAUUUUUCACCAAAAAAUAAAUAAAUAAAAUAAAAAGGUGUGAGGAAAAUUGGAUGAGGCACAGAGAGUCCAAAUUGAAAAGUGACUCUCUCAGUUUUUGGGAUGCUAAAAAAAAGUCGAUAUUUCCACGCCAUAGUUGAAAAUCACAGUGAAAAGUUCAUUAAUUAGAGGGGAAGUCCUUCCUGGAAAAACCCACGAGUGUGAUAUUACAAAUGACAAACAUCGAAAGUUGUCCAUUGAUAUUCCUAAAAUUAACAACAAUCGAGGAAAGAUUAUAAAGAAAAAAAAAGACGAUACAUGAGUGGUAUACAAAAUUAUUCGGCGACAAGUGAUUCAUGGUUGAAAAGCGAAUCUCACCUUUUGUCACGUCCAUAAUCAAGUGAAUAAAUAAUUGAUUAGCUUAUCAGGUGAUAGGAAAAAGAAGUGAAAAUAGAGAAAAUUCAUGGUGAAAUAGUUGGCUCAACAGCCUAAGAAUUCUUUCAGUUUUCUCAGUGAAGUUCUUAUGUGAAGUUAGGAGAGCAAAUAGCAAAACGUGCAUCUUCGAUGGUGUAAACAGAAAGACAAACACGAGUUGAGGAAGAGGAAGACAAAGUAACACAUCCUGUCCAGGUGUUUGAUCGGAAAAUAAAGCCCUCCAAUGGAGAUAGUUUUUCAGAUGAUGAUCUAACAUGAGGGACAAUCAACAGAAAGAAUCAUUAAUUUAUUCACACGAUAUAAAAUUGAAAAUAGAGCUGUAAUUAGUGACUUCGUGAGAUAAUACACAGAGCUACUUGUUUUUGCAUUAAGCUAAAAAAUUGCACGUGAAGUGUUGAACAGAAAACAGAAUAAACAUUGUUGAAAAAACCGUUUAUUUGUCCCCCCAAAAAAAUAAAAAGAAAACCGUGAUAUUUUGUACGAAGAAAAGGCAAGAGAAAAAUAAACCAAACACGCGCAUUACUACCAAAUUAGGAAGAAAAAUAGUUUAAGUGAGAAAGAGUUUUUCAAAGGAUCGUGUAUUUGUGAUAUUUCGGACUGAUUCUUUUGGUUCUUUUAUUUCAAAAUCUUCCUCCCUUAUAAAGAAAAUUCGCAUAAUCAGACAGUGGUGAUAUUUUUGCAAAAAAUAUAAAGUGUCAAAAGUGCUAAAAAGGAAACAAAAAAAAUCGACAUAAAUUUUUUAAUUAUAGAAAGAUUGCUUUUUGCUUGACACCGAGGAGAGAGAGAUAAGAUUGCGAGCUGCUGAAAUAAUCUGUGCAUAUUAGGAGGAAAACAAGAGUAUUUUAUAAACGAGGCGCGAAAAUAAAAAAGAGAAAAAUGCUGUCCUACAUGUUGCCAGUUGAGGAGAAAUCCCCAUCUCCGCGAAAUCUAAAUUUGAGCCUGAAUCUCAAUCGCAAUGGCGGAACAACUCAACAGAUCAUCGAUGAGACGUCCAAGCUUCUCGCCAGCGAGAGUACUGAUCAUCGGGACAAUAGCGGAUUCAAUGGGGAUCAUAGUCUCAUCAAAGAGGACUCCUUUGACUCAGAUGCAUCCUCCAAGAAGAUAAAGAUGGGCAAGCUAACGACUACGAAAAAUGUCCCACUCAAAAGAGUCUCAUUUGGCUCAUCAAAGGGAUCUAUGGUGGAGACUCUUGUUUUUGAGACACCCACUCCACUUCCUGAACAUGCAGAACGUGAAUUUGACUUUGCUGCCGCUUCCGCAACUGAUAAAACCACCAGCAACCCAUCCAAUGGACUCGAUGACAGCGGAAUUGAGCUACAAGAAGAGCUCGAACGUUCCAAGGUGCGAGUGUCAUUUUUCCAGUGCAGUCAACCUCAGCAAGUGAGCCCCCCAGAGAAUCAUAUUGGGUUCUUUAGUGACAACAACAACUCCAUUGUGACAGAUUUUAGUCUACUGGACACCGGAGGACCGGACAAAAUGACAGCGGCCGUUGCACAACCGUCCUACGACAGGCAAAAUAGCACUGAAUCCGGAUGGGAUAAUCCAUUUAGGCCUGGCGGUGACCUUUCACGUGAAGCCGAUGAAAUUGUGAAUAUGAUUAAAGGUGGAAAGCCAAUAACACCGACUGGAGAUCCAAAUCAGACAAUUGCCAAUGGAGUGGCUCAUGGGGUGGAAAAUGGAGCAAAUGUCGUUGAUGGUGUGACAAAGAGUGAAGCUUCACAACUAAAUGCAUCACUGAAUGGUACAAAAUCACCUCAAAAGUCUAAGGAUAAAUCAUCGACAAAUGGCGAUGCCACAAAUGUGACACAGACCCAGGUGGUACCAGGACCCCAAUCUGCGAGCCAUGUGGUGAUUGAGGAUAAGAAAAAGAAGAAGUGUACUUGCUGUGUGAUCCAAUAAUAUGAUAUAAAACACCAAUUUUUACCUUUUAAUUUUUAAAAAGAAAUAAAAAGAAAACGAUUUUAAGAAGAACAGCUACUUUACAGGAUUUUUUUUUGUUUUUCUUAUUACAAAAAAAAGAAUUAUUUGUAGUUUUUAUCAUUAUUUUUUUGUUAACUAUAUUUUUAGUCUGUGUAGAGUCUUUUUUUAUUUAUAUACAGAAAAAGAAGAUAAAUGAUGAAAGAGAAAAAAAAUAGUGAAUAAUUGUAAUUUAGAAUGAAGAGAAAAAAAUAUCUUAUACUCGAAAGAUUAUUAAAAAAAAGUAUAUAGAAAUUUUCUAAUCAGUUUUUUCCUUCCCCUUUUUUAUACUACUUAAAAAGAAAAAAAAAACAUUGUGAAAAGAUGAUGUGAAUGCAGAAAUUUUUAGGAAUAAUUCGUGUUUUUCGACAUUACCAAAGGAGACAGAUUAAUAGAAAAUGAAAAGAAAAAUCCAGCAUAUAAAAGUUUUAAAAUAAAUUAAGAAAAAAAAGAGAAAUGUAGAAUUUUUUUUUAGUUUUACUCUCCUACAAUCUCUAACUAAAUUUUCCGCCGUAAAAGAAUCCUCGAAGAAACCAUUAUGGGCUACGCACAGAUACUUUUGUUUUGUAAACAAAUAUUUGACAUGGCAGGCAGAGUGAGUGAGAUACAUUUUGUGACAUCUAAGCUGACACACGCCACUUAGGAAGAAAUGUUUACAAAGCAAAAAUUUUUGAGAGUUGUUCAUUAUGGGCUAAGCAAAAUUACUUCUGUUUUGUAAACACAUUUCAGAGUGAUGCUCAAUUGCACAAUAAUGAGCAGUGCACGAUAACUUUUGUUUGUAAACAUGUUUUUAAAAUUUCCCAUGAGAAUGAGCGGGAUGACUAGAUCUAGAUCUCACUCACUCUCAUUGCAAUGUCAAAAACAUGUUUACUAAACAAAAGUUAUUGUACGUUGGGCAUAACUUUUGUAAAUAUGUUUCGGAAGCUAUCUAUGAGAGUGAGCGAGAUGACAAGAUUUACAUCUCUUUCACUCUCACUGAAACGUCAAAAACAUGUUUACUAAACAAAAGUUAUUCUGCAUUGAGCAUAAGUACCGCACUUCCUGCAUUUGUUUCACUUUUAAAAUGUGAGAAAUACACAUUUACAAAACAAAAGUAAUUGUAUUUUGGUAAAAAAAAAUCUCAAAUAAGGCAAAUAAGUAUUUUUCUCAAAAACAAAAAAAGUCGUUAUCCAAUUAAAAAAAAACAAAAUUACUUUGUACACAUUCAAAACAACACAGAAUAUCACAAAAAAGGAACCACCUGAAAAAAAUUAUUACCAAUUAUAUUUAAUAAAAGAAAAACAAUUUAAUCUAAUUCUUAUAAGAAUCUUCUGCUAAAUCCUCUUCCCUAAACCUCCUCCUAAAAAAAAUAUUUCCUUUAUAUUUUUUGUAUUCUUGUUAUUUAUCAAAAAAAAAAGCAUCACAAUCUUCUGAACUGACCACAAAAUUCAUCAAAAUUCUAAGUCAUUUUAAAACGCGUUCAGAUAGUUACAACUAUUUAUAAGCUAACUAAAUAAUAUAAUUAUUUAAAAUGCAAGAAAAACACUAAUAAAAAAAUCAUCUUUUAAUGGACGUCUGAAACUCUAGCAAAAAGAAAUCUAAUUUAGUAACACAGAAAAAAAAGAUUCUCGUGUAGAAUUUAUUGCAAGAUAAAAUUCUCGUCAAUAAAUUUAAAAAGAAAAAAACUCUAUUAAUGAUCAUUAAAGAUGAAAAGAAGCAUAGAAUUUAAAUAAUUUGCGAGUGAUUUUUUAUAUGAAAAAAAAGAAACUGAAAAGAAUGGAAAGAAAAACCUUAUUUUUUAAAUUAGAACGAGAACAUGAGAAAAAUUUUGGUAAAGAUUGAGCAUGAUAAAAAAAAUUAUUGAAGCAUCAAUUUUUGGAAAAAAAAAGAAUGUGACAAAAAUGCUUUUCUGUAAAUAAGUAUUUAAAAAAAAGAAAAAAAAAUAUGAAUGAAUUUCUUCAAUUGAGUUGUAAAUUCAUUUAUUUUAAAUUUUGAAAAAGGCCUCAGAACCUUUUUCCUAAAAUAAAAAAAAGUUGAUGAAGAAGAUGAAGAAUAAAACUAUCAAGAAUAUUCAACAAAUUUAUAAUUUAAUAAUUGUUUUUUUAGCAGUCCUUUUUGAUGAGAAAAUGCAUUAUUUUUAAUUUUAUUCUUAAAUUACGUAUACCUUUUUUGUAUAUAUGUAAAAAAAAAUACAAAAUAAAAAUGGAAAGAAAA